AUGGUCUACUACCGCACGCUCGCCCGCAUCGAGCCCGAACUGGGCACCUUUAUCAACGAAUACUACCACCAGAUGGAAGAUAACAUCACGGGCGACGCGCUGGCGGCCUUUUGCAACGAUCAGACCGUGAUGACUCGCGAAGGCUCUCUCCGCGGUUCAGGCAAAUACGCCAUUCGCGAUGCGCAGAGUAUCCGGCCGAACGCUUCGAAGGAUGUACAGCCUCAUCACUUCCCGUUCUAUGCAACCGUUGGCCUUGACAAUGAGACACAGAAACAAUAUCGGGUUCGGGGCGUCGUGAAGGAGACGUAUCCGAAUGGAACGUGUCUGGCGAAUUUGUUUGGCACCGAUUUCACCGUCGAGAAGGAGAAUGGAACCGCCCAACUUCGACCGGAGAGUGGUUCGCUGCUGGUCUUGGAUAUUCGAUAUGAGAACACGACGGAGAUGGCGUGUGAGGAUUUCUAA